GCCUUUUUUGUAUAAAAACCCCUUCUCAAUCUCACUCCCGACUCUCCGAUUUCAAUAUCGCCGGCGGUUCAUUCAUUAGCUACAAUGGCAAGCACCGAUCCCGAGCAUAACGAGGAGGAGACCGCCGCCGCUGAAGACGAGGACACCGGAGCACAGGUCGCUCCGAUCGUCAAGCUAGAGGAAGUUGCCGUCACUACUGGUGAAGAAAAUGAGGAUGCUAUUCUCGAUCUUAAAGCGAAAUUAUAUCGAUUCGAUAAGGAUGGAAAACAGUGGAAAGAACGGGGCGCUGGUUCAGUUAAGCUCUUAAAGCACAAAGAAACUGGAAAAGUUCGUCUUGUAAUGCGUCAAUCUAAAACUUUAAAGAUCUGCGCCAAUCAUCUUGUUAUCCCGACUACGUCCAUUCAAGAACACGCUGGCAACGACAAGUCAUGUGUAUGGCACGCUGCUGAUUUUUCUGACGGUGAACUGAAGGAUGAACUUUUCUGUAUUCGUUUUGGAUCAGUUGAAAAUUGCAAAAAGUUCAAGGAAACAGUGCAAGAGGUUGCAGAGUCGCAACACGAGGGGAAAGAGGAGGACAAGAAAGAAGCUUCUAGUACUGCCGGACUGCUUGAAAAGUUAAGUGUCGAUGAUAAAAAAGAGGGCGGCAAAGAACUUGUUAAAGAGUCAUCCAAGACAGAAGAUUCAGAGAAGAAGGAAGAGGCUCCAAUUGCUGCUGCUUGAAAGAAAUUGAAGCAAAAGGGAGGUUAGUAGUUAUAUCAUGCAAUCAGUGUUUUUAUGUUGAGGGAAGAAAUUUGAUUUGUUGGGUGAUGAUGAGUUGUGUUUGUAGCGAUUGGUAUAAAUAUAUAGGAAUGGUUGAAGUCUGCAUAAAAUAUGUUUGUUUCUGAUUGAUUUUUUUAAAGUUAUUUUGGUUGAUUUGAGUGGUCACUUCAGUUUUUUGGUUAAAUGUGAAACUCUGGGUCU